AUGUCUGAAAGUGUCAGUUGUGACCUCAAAGCUCAAGGCUGUCUCUUCUCUGCAGAGGGUCCCAGCCCCCCGGUUAUGAGGCGCGACGCUGGCUUGUGCAUGGGGGCUGUGCCUGCCAUCUUCCGUCGAGCACCCCGGUUCGGCCCAGCUGCAAAAGGUCGACGCCCCCAGGGGCAGGAGCCAGUCGCCAGAGUCCGCGGCGGCGGCGCCAAGAGCCAGGUCCUGCGCCAAGCCGCGGCGGUGCACCAGUCCCGGCGCUGGAGGGUGGGGGAGCAGGGGCUGCCCGGGACCCGGGGCGCGGCCGCUGGGCCCCCUCCCCAAGGAGCUGGAGCCAGCCGUCAUGAAGUUGAACCCAGGAUCCUGGCCCCACAGGGUCUUCAGGGAGUUUGGGACAACCCCAACUGCACCAGGGGUGUAGUGUUGGUGCCCCAGGGCGAGCCAGCUGUGAUGACCUGCAAGAUCUCCAAUGAAAUCCUGCAAGUGGUCAUCUCGCUGUGCAACAAGACUGGCUGUCGGGAGAUCAUCCAGGUGACGGCCCCAGGAAUCGCCACUCAGCAUGGGUGGCGCCUCCAGGUUCAAGGCAGUGUGGCAGAGCUGCUGAUCACGCAGGCCCAGGCCACCCAGGCCGGAGAGUACAGGUGGCUCCUGGAAGGACUCCAGUUCAACAUGGAACGUACCACCCUGAACGUUUCAGGUGCCGAGCACCCCAAGCCGAAAUGCCCCCCACCUUCCUCGCACCGCUUCACCUGCCGCCCACCUCCCAGUUCCGUCAUUGUCCUGCCCUCCCUUCCCUUCUGUUACUCCCUGGAUGAGUCCACCCUUUGCCCACUGGCCAGGUUCCUGCCCGCACCACACCCCAAGACCAGUCUGCUCAUCCUGCCCUGCUUUCCUCGAGGGGCUAUGACUGGGGGCACCGGGCUCAUCUGGGUGGUCCCCAUAACUGGCUUGGCCUUGUCUCUGGCAGAACCCCAUGACCUGAAUCACACUUGGAAUGGAGGAGGCCUCGAACCUCACGUGGGAGCCCUGGAGGCCUCUCGGGAGGCUUGGCCCAUCACUGUGGUCUUCACCAUCUGUUUCCUGGUCCUAGCGGUGGUCUGUCUCAUCGCCUGGCUUAGAUGCCCUAGGUCCCAGCCGUACGCACAGAUGAGGCAUUUCAGCACCUUUGGCUACUAG